AAGACUUCCGGUGUGGCUGCGCAAAUGGCGUGAAGUGAGAAGGAGCAGAGGGUCGUUUUUUCUGUUUUCCUAAGUGAACAUUAAUAUUUGAUACGAGGCAUUGCAGAUAGUUUUCUUAAUUACGUGAAGACAUUCGUGUUUUAGGUGAAUUUCAGGUAUUUUCCUCUUUGUUAAAUGCAACAGACUGUAAGUCACUACUUUGCACAAGGAAAUUCGGGAAGCUCGUGCAAGAUGCCGAAGAGAAAAGAUACGGAGAAGGAGAGUGCGCAAAAUGAUGAGGUGUCAAAUAAAGAGUUAAAGGAACUUUUCUCUAAUCUAAUACAGAAGUUGGAGAGUUCAAUGAACGAGAGGCUUACUGCGCUUGACAAAAAAGUAGAGGAAACGCUGAUCGUUAUUAAGGAGGAGAUAACUGAUAUGAAAACAGCGCUUCAAAACCAAGAUGACCGAUUAACUGAUUUAGAAAAGCUAAACACAGAGGUUAUACAACCCCAAAGUAAAAAGGGUUCCAAAAAACCCCAACAGCAGUUACAAACCUGAAGCACCAGAAGCAGUCAUUGUUAAAUUCGUUCUUAUGGAGGACCGUAAUAUGAUACUAAAUCAUGCCAGAAACACUACCCUACCGAAAGGCUAUGCAAUACGAACAGAUCUACCCGUGCAUUUGAAGAGAAAGAGGGCAGAGCUGGCUCAAAAAGCAUAUGAACUCAGGAAAUCAGGAAUGAAGACGAGAAUCCGUGAAACGAAAGACGAUGUGAUUCUGGAGUAUCGACAAAAAGGAGAAAAAGAAUGGCUCGCUUUUAGUGAUUCCUUCUAAUUGAUCUAGAUAAGAACAAGAUUAUUUGCAGGAGAUGACAGGUUGUAGGAGUAUGAUAUGGUGAAGGUUUUGUAUAUCUGUAAAGUGAUGAGUUAUGCUACAGUUGGUAUCGUGUUGUUUACUUGUCAAAUAAUAAGUAUGUUUUAGAUGCUAUUAGAAAGAUAUACUAAGGUAUGCUGCAGAUGUUUAAAAGUAAAAUACCA